AAUUACCCCUGCAAGCGUGACGGAAGCCCCAACUUUCCAACCUUCAGGGGUUUUCUAUUCCCAAUUUCUAAUUUCUUGUCUUCAAUUAUUAAAUGUUAUAGAGGGGCCAAAUAUCUUCCUUCAUAAUUCACUACAAUAUCAUAAUUUUCGAUAAUGUCGCCGAAUGAGUCUCUUAGACUUCUUCUUUCUUCCUUAGAAUGCCGAUGAACCCAACUUAAUUUAAUCAACGCCGAUUCCACGAAAAACCUAAGGGCCAAGACCCGGCGUACGAACCGCACCUCCAUCACCCGUCCGUCCAAUACCCGACUGCUGUCUUCCGCCUGUGUUCGACCCUUGCGAUUGGACGGUUACAUUCUUUACCUCCCCUAUACCCUGCUGUUGCUGCUUUUUCCCAGGCGCUAUUCAGUAUAUCGACAGAGCUUGAUCUCCCACAUCCGCCAACCAGCCAGUACCUCGAGAAGCAAGCACCAAAGAGGAAAUUCCGACAAGCAGUGUAGAAGCCGACAAUAAACUUACCAACAUGGCGAGCGCACAAGGCGGAGGCGACUCGAAGCUAUUCGCUCGAGGCAAAGUCGCCGAACUGCGACUCGAGCUGAACAGCGGUGGAAAGAAGGAUAAGAACUUCACGCAGAAGAAGAUCGCUCUUAAGAAGAUUGUCGCCAACAUGACCAUGAGCAAUAACGAAAUGGUCUCCCUCUUUCCCGAUAUAAUAGGCUGCAUGCAUAUUCAGAGUUUAGAAAUCAAGAAGAUGUGUUUCUUGUUUCUAGUUAACUACGCGAGGAUGCGCCCUGAGAUUGCGGUAAAAGCAAUCCCAUUCCUACAAGAUGAUAUGGGCGAUCCGAAUCCGCUAGUCAGAGCUCUAUCUCUACGAACCAUGUCAUACGUCCACGUUAAAGAAUUCGUCGAAGCUACGGUACCUCUUGUAAAACGAUUACUUCGAGAUGUCGACCCCUACGUACGAAAAACGGCCGCUUUCUGUGUCGCGAAGCUAUACGAUCAUGAUAAACAUAUGGUUGAACAAUCGGAUCUGAUAGAUAGGCUGAAUCAGCUUCUAAGAGAUGACAACCCCACAGUCGUGGCCAGCGCAUUGGCUGGAUUGAUGGAUAUUUGGGAGCGCAGCGACUCGAUCAAGCUCACUAUCGAUUACAGCAAUGCAUCCAAGAUGGUAGCCAUUCUACCGGACUGCUCAGAAUGGGGCCAGACUUAUAUCCUUGAAGCAUUAAUGUCUUAUGUGCCACAAGAAUCGGGAGAAGCCACGUUGCUAGCCGAGCGUAUUGCGCCACGACUAUCACACUCGAACUCCGCGGUAGUGUUGACGUGCAUCCGAGUCAUUUUGUAUUUGAUGAACUAUAUUGCGGAUGAGAAACAGGUUUCGGCGUUAUGCCGAAAGUUAUCUCCGCCUCUUGUGACGCUAUUAGCGAAGGGUCCGGAGGUGCAAUACCUUGCUCUACGAAAUGCGUUACUCAUCCUUCAGAGGAGGCCCGACGUCCUACGCAACGAUAUCCGCGUUUUCUUCUGCAAAUACAACGACCCAAUCUAUGUCAAGGUUACGAAGCUUGAAUUGAUUUUUAUGCUCGCCAACGAGAAGAACAUCGACGAAGUAUUGACGGAACUUAGAGAGUACGCGACGGAAGUCGAUGUACAUUUCGUUCGCAAAGCAGUGCGCGCCAUAGGUAAGCUGGCCAUUAAGAUUGAGCCAGCUGCGAGGCGGUGCAUAAAUCUGCUGUUGGAAUUGGUCGCAACUAAAGUCCCGUAUAUUGUACAGGAGGCUACAGUUGUCAUUCGCAAUAUCUUCCGAAAGUAUCCGAACCAGUAUGAAUCUAUUAUCGGCACGUUGUGUGAGCAUCUCGACUCACUUGACGAGCCAGAGGCAAAGGCCGCAAUGGUCUGGGUUAUCGGACAGUAUGCCGCGCGCAUUGAGAACAGCGAUGUCUUGCUUGAGGAUUUCCUAUACUCAUUUGCAGAGGAGCCCGUAGAAGUACAGCUAGCGCUGUUAACAGCCACAGUCAAGCUCUUCAUACAACGCCCCACAAAAGGCCAAGACCUCGUUCCCAAGGUUCUUAAAUGGGCCACAGAAGAGACGGAUAACCCAGACUUACGAGAUCGCGCAUACAUGUACUGGCGACUGCUUAGUACUGAUAUGAACGUAGCUAAACAGAUGGUCAUGGGCGAGAAACCCCCCAUCACAGCCGAAUCCGAAAAACUUGACCCCUUGACCCUAGAAGAGAUGUGUCUCAACGUCGGCACCCUCUCCACAAUCUACCUCAAACCCGUCCAAACUGUCUUCCGCAGCGCGCGCCCCCGCCGCCUACCCGAUUCUCAGGCUUUACAAAAACACGCUCUCCCAUCCUCCGCCAACCUCCCCGCCUUCGAGUCGCAAAAGAGUCUUAGCCAAUUCGGCAUGGACGGACAACCCGUAACCCUAAAUCCCAACGCUGAAAACGGGCAAUCUCAAGCAUCAGCGCAAGCGCAAGCACAAGCGCAGGCGCAGGGACAACAGGGUAUGACGAACGCGGUUAGCGAUGCCGAUGCGUAUUUCGCUGGUAUAGGGAGCCAGCAGAUGGCUGCUAUGGGUAUUCACGAGGCGGGUGAUUCGUCGUUUGGUGGUGGUGGGACCGAGGCAUCGUAUGUGGUUAAUCAGUAUGCGCCACAGCAGGUAUUUCAGCCGGCGCAGGGGGUUGGGAGUAAUGGUGAUUUGUUGAUUUUGUAGAUAGGUGUUUUAUCUGUCUACUUAUCUACCCAAUUUGCCUAUGAAGCCACCAGGGCUACGAUUUGAAUCUGCUCGGGGAGACGUACCUAUUUUUAUAUGCAUGAACGAGGCGAACUUAAGAGGUGUUAAGAUAGCAUAGGGGCGCAAAUUAGCAUUUGCAAGAUUGUUGAAUGUGUAAAUAAGAUGGAUUAUUAUGGCUGAGAUCAGCUCAGCUAGUAGAACGAUGAUUUCAAGGAAUUGUACAUCAGUCAUGAUAUAAUUCAGAAUCCAGUUCCAUGUAAGAUCAAUAUCACUUGAGUCUUCAUUUCAUCACAUUCAUGCUAAUGCUGCUCAUUUUUCGGGACAAAUGUAUGAUUCCAUUAUAG